CACUGACUGGCUGAGUGUGCUGUGAGGAGGGAGAGAUGGAUGCGACUCCGCUGUCUGCCGGCUGUGUGAAUGAGAUGGAGGCCGGUGGAGAUGAAGAGGGAGAGGCUCGGGAGGAGACCAAGGAGUGCCAGAGACUCACUGCAGAGAGAGAUGAGGCUGAAAGGCAACUCAAACACAUUAAACGGGGCUUGUGUGUCAUUCAAAAAGGGGAACUGCUGUCGAGUAUCUGGGAGGUUCUGGAUCUGCGUCUGGGAAAGCAGCUGUCUCGCACCUCCUCUUUGGGACGCCUGAAUCUGCGCACUGCAGCACUGCUGCCCAUCCUGCGUAUUUACCUGGAAAGGGAGAAAAAAUUGAAUUGUGAGAACAGGAAGCUGACGUAUUUGAGCCUGUCCUCACGGCCGUGUCUGGACGAGCUGCUGCCCAGUAUUUCGGACUGCAUUUCCCAAGAAGAAGAGACUGACACGCGAGAACCUGGCUCUGAUCCUUUUUCACAGUAUAAGCAGCAGGUCAAAGAUCUCCAAGAAACCGUGAGUUCUUUGCUGGAGGAGAAAAAGCAAUUGACUUGUCAGCUUCAAAAUCAGCAGAGGCAGAUAGAGGAAUUGACAGCACUUACUGAAAAGGAGCAGGCCGAGAUGAAGGAGCUUUAUAAAACCAUUGAGCAGCAAAGCAAGACCAUUAAAAGGUUCAACAGGGUGUCAAUGAUGGCCACUCAUGAGUAUGAAAACAUGAAGGAGCAGCUGGAUUUGGAGCAGAGCCUCAGGCAGAAAGCAGAGACCUAUGCACACGAGAUGAUGGUGAAGCAGAAAGAAGCAAACAGACAGAGCAUGAUUCUGCUGCAGCAGGGAGAUCCCAGCAUUCAGCUGAUCAAAGCUUUGGAAGAUGUGGCCAGUGUGACUAAAACAUUAGAAGAAGAGAGAAUACAGCACCAAGAGAAGGUAAAAGCUCUAGAGGCUGAACUGGACGAAUGUGCUUUGCGUAAGCAGCUAGUUCAACUGCAAAGACAACUGGAGAUAUUAGACGAAGAAAAAAAAGAGACCGAGGGACGACUGCAGGAGGAAGAGAAGAGAAACACUCUUUUGGAACAGAAAGUUAAAGAGCUGCAGGAGGAGAGGAGGAGCUGUGCUUCAGCAUCAAGCCCCUCCCCUGGGACUGCUCCUCCCCCGGCCCCUCCUCCCUCUCUCAUUGCCAUUAUGAGGAAAUCCUCCAAGGGAGGUAAAGGAACCCCCAAACUAGAGCAAGCCCCAGUGAAUGAAGCAGUGGACGAAGUCAAAGUCAAAGCUGUCAAUGAAAUGAUGGAGAGAAUCAAACACGGCGUGGUUCUCAGGCCUGUGAAGAGUCAGGACACUAAGCAGCCGAGCCCAGUGGCGGCAGCAGCAGCAGCAGCAGCAGUGGAGGAAAAGCACCAGGGAAGUGCAAUGGAAGAGCUGAAAGGCAUUCUGGAGACGGUGAAGAAGAGUCCCAGUCGUGGUUUCCAGGAAGUAGUUCAUGCUAAAAAGGACAGUGAACUGGAAGUAAUUCUGAGGAGGAGACGCAAACAGGCCUGUGAUCCUGACACAGAAGAUGAUGGGCAGCUGAGUAAAGUCUCCUCAUCAAACAGCCUGAACGGCCGACACAGUUCUGACUCUGGCAAAGACACAGAAGGGCCGGGAAGCAGCUCUCUGUCGGGCAGCGAGCGCGGAUCAAGAACCAGCUCAGACUCGGGCCGAGAGCCAGCCGUGGCUCGACAGAGCUCCGAUUCUGGCAUGGAGUCCAAAGGAGCCGCUCAGUCAGAGAAUGUCUGCAGAUCUCUCUCUGAGAAAGAGCCCGCUGAACCAGUCACCAACGGGUGCUGUUCAGGUGAAAUGAAGGAUGGCGAUCCAGAGAAGUGGGCGGGGCCCAAUGGGAUUGGCUAUAUGGAUGCAAGUAACGUCCUGCAAACCACCAUCAGCUCCUCUGCACAAAGCCCCAAUGCAGCAAACAGUAGCACAGACGCCGAGUGUUAACAGCAAGUGGCGCUGCAAGGACAGCUGCAUUAUUUGCACAAAACCAUGCUUUCUAAAUUUGUUUAUUCCAAAUUUGAAACCAACCAUUCAUAUUUUAAAUGAAUAUAGAAAGAUCAUUUCAUCAAUUGCAGCUUGAAAAAAAAAAAACAUUUUACCAGACGACACAUUUUUUUUUCUUUCAGCGUAAAUGUACUGUAUCUGCCUUUACCAAUAAACACAGUGUGUUUAGACGUUAGAGACAUCAGUCACAUGCUUCAGAUUCAUUCUGCACAGUAGGUACUAUUAGAUGCAUCUUGGAUUCAUAGAUUCAACAUCUGAGUCACAUUUCCAUUAGAAUGCAAGCAAGGAAACUUUAAUGAUGAAGAGUGUAAUUAAGUUCUGUGCCACUAGCAGCAGUAUCUGAGCAAGGAGGAUCUGUAAUACUUGGAGAAAAUGAUCCAUUAAAGGAUUAGUUCACUUCCAGAAUAAAAAAUUCCUGAUAAUUUAC